AUGUUUAAUACAGCAAUACCUGAUGUGAGUAAUGUUGCCGAUGAAGCUAGGAGUGACUUGAUCAAUGUAUUGUCGACAAUCAGAAAUGUACUUUGUAGCGAACAAAUUAAUGAGGAGACAUUUCACUCAGCUAUGGCCGACCUGUUGAACAAAGUGGUCACGUUAUAUCUUGAUUUCUCUGUAAAACAGUUAGGUCCGCUUGAUUAUCAACUCAUAGUGGAUCGUUACAAUCAUAUUGGUUGGAUAAGAAAACAGCAGGGAAAAUUGUCGGAAGCAUGGGCUUAUCAUGAGGAUGCACUACAAAUAUUACACGAACAUUUAACUCCUACUCAUCCUUGCUUGGCAAUAACGUAUAAUUACAUCGGUUUACUCUAUUCUACAAUGAACGAUCAUUCACGUGCUCUAGAUUGUCUCGAAAAAGCACUUGAGAUUCAAGAAAAAGUUCUAAAACCAAAUCAUCCACAUCUAGCUGAAACUCAUUUUCAUAAAUCGAUUAUUUUUGAACGUUUGAACAAAAUUGAUGAUGCUUUUCAACAUGCAUAG